AUGGCCUUCAACUCACUACUUCCUCCAUCUGCAACGCCGCCACGAGCGCAAUUGAAUUGGCCCAGCGCAAAUCGAAGACUUCUCUAUAUGCUUCGUCAGAACUUCUCACUGUCGACUUGGAUACUUCUAGGGGCAUUCUUGCAGUCGCUAGCUGUGUUUAUCAUACCUCGGUUCUACGCCGUUCUUCCGUCGCUUCUCAUCCUCGGUGCACGUCUUGCUGAGACUCUGGCCAUCACGUACGGUUGGAAAAGGAACCACUAUCUGGAUGAUGCCAUAAUGCACCGCACAUCACCCCAAGUCCCGGAUGAGGACGGCACAUUCCACGAGGGGGCAUCGCAGGAGACAGUUGUGGUCUUCCUGUUAGGUGCCAAAAUCAACCAUCCACUGGGCCUCUUCGCCCCCAAUGUUAAGCCAUUCGGUGAUUACCUCACGGAAAUGAUCAAGAUUCUGGAAAAGGACAACACCAACGCCGGCUUCUACGGAGCCUCCUCGUGGACCAGCCAGGACAAAAACGGGGCAACCGAGUUGUUGACCAUCAGUUACUGGAGGUCUACGGAAGACAUCCAUAAGUUCACAUACGGCGACUUGCACAAGGAGGCCUGGGAUUGGUGGAACAAGAAAAUCAAGGAAAAUGACCACAUCGGCAUCAACCAUGAGGUCUGGGAAGUGAGCCCCAAGCACUGGGAGGCCAUCUACGUCAAUUUCCAGCCCACGUUACUGGGCGCAACCAGCUAUUUGAGAAAGGGCGACAAGAUGGUCGGUGGUACAGUCGACGACCAGUAUAUCUCACCUCUGAUUGAUGCCAGGAGAGGCAAAUUAAGGAGCAGCGCCGGGAGGCUGGGAAGGAGGCCAGAAGAGCUGUAUGAGAAACAUGGACUCGGUCCUGGCGCAACAUACGAGGCUUGA